CCCAGCGCGAGCGCGCACGUACGAUACGCGAGCGCGCCUGAGCCGGGCGGUUCUCUGUGGGAGCUUCAGCCGGAGUUGUGCUGAGAGGAAGAGAAGGCCGACCGGAGAGAGACACCGAGAACGUCGAGCCCGGGCACCGAGACAUGGCUGCCAUCCGUAAGAAACUCGUCAUCGUUGGAGAUGGGGCGUGCGGGAAGACGUGCCUUCUGAUAGUGUUUAGUAAAGACCAAUUCCCGGAAGUCUACGUCCCCACAGUGUUUGAGAACUAUGUGGCCGACAUUGAGGUGGACAGUAAACAGGUGGAACUCGCCUUGUGGGACACAGCCGGACAGGAAGACUACGACAGACUGAGACCUCUGUCCUAUCCAGACACAGAUGUUAUAUUAAUGUGCUUCUCCAUCGACAGCCCUGACAGUUUAGAAAACAUCCCUGAGAAGUGGACUCCGGAAGUAAAACAUUUCUGCCCCAAUGUGCCCAUCAUCCUGGUGGGGAACAAGAAGGACCUGCGUAAUGACGAGCACACCCGCCGAGAGCUGACAAAGAUGAAACAGGAGCCAGUAAAGCCGGAGGAAGGGCGCGACAUGGCUAACAGGAUCUCGGCUUACGGCUACAUGGAGUGCUCCGCUAAGACAAAAGAUGGCGUCCGAGAGGUGUUCGAGCUGGCCACAAGGGCGGCUCUGCAAGCCAGACGUGGCAAGAAGAAAACCACGUGCCUUCUCAUCUAACGAGAACAAAACCCAUGCCGUAAUCCGCACACAACCCAACCCCCGAUACCCCCCCCUCCUGCCUCCUAAGGGGGAGGGGGGAUGUCAGCACGUGUCGGGGAGAGCCCAUGGCAUCUUUACCGUCACGCAAAAAACCUUCGAAGUGAUGUUUAUUAAUCUUUAGCGUGUUCUUACUGGCCUGUCUUUUCCAUUUAUUCUGUAAUGAGUUAAGAGAUUUUAUAAAAAGAAAAGAGUCAUCUUCAUACCAGUAUUUAAAAAAAAAAAAAAAGAAAGUCAACUUUUUUUUUCUUUGAUUUAUAUAUAAAUAUAUUAUUUGUAACUUCACUGUUAGCGGCAGGAUUCAUACGCACCAGACUAACUCAGACAUUCCAGUGUAAUGCCAAUCCGUACCCCCGGGGGGACCCCCCUUUUUAAGGCUUCAUUAACAAGCUCUUUUAUUUAUACACUUAUUAAAAGUGCUGCCGUCUCCCGACUCUCUGUAGUCCGGGGCGGGAGGACCGCCGCUUGCCGGGACUGAGAGCGCCGUGUCCCCUCCACACACACACCGGCAAGAGAGAGGGUAAGGUAUGCCAUUGCCGGUACUGCCAGCUCCCUCUAUAACUGGAUCCUGGAGAUGUAAGCCGGGGGGCCGUUUACAUCAAUCGGCAGGCUCCACCCAUAACUGGAUCCUCCCACCGG